AGGAGGAUGUGCUUGGCCAAACCCGCUUUUCGCAAGUCACUAUUUUAACCCCCGCAAAAAGGAAAAAGUAUCCAACGGAAAAAUACAUUUAUGAGAUGUAAAAAACGGGACCCAGAUAUACUCGAAGAUACUUUGUAACAAAAAUCACCUAACAUUGUUUAUUUGAUGAAUUAAUGCAUCAAGAAUCUCUCUUCAAGAAUUACUGCGUUUCACGGGUCCGGUUCGACUUCAUUCGUUUUUUGAGGAGCGGGCUAACCAAAUCUCAACUUGGAAAAUUGAUCAACAAUGUUCUGCAAUAUGUUGUUUUAAUCCGAAGACUUCUCGUUCUAACAUCUAGGCAGCUGCACAGCAUUCUAAAAAUAAGUAAUGGGGCAUCCUCCGCUUGAGUUCAGCGACUGCUAUGGGGAUAGUCCGGAUUUUAGAGAAAGACUAAAAUGCUAUGAAUUAGAAUUGGAAAGAACAAGCAAAUUUCUCAAAGAUGUCAUCAAAGAUGGCAACAGUGUAAUCAAUGCAAUCAAGGGUUAUUCUGUGGCAGUUCAUAAGUUCUCCCAGACACUCAACGUCUUCCAGUUCGACUUCAUUGGUGAUUCCCUGACAGAUGACGAGAUUAAUAUUGCGGAAUCUUUCCAAGAGUUUGCUGGUCUCCUACAGGAAGUGGAGGAUGACCGGAUGAUGCUGGUUCAGAAUGCUUGUGAUCUGCUUAUCAAGCCACUGGAGAAGUUUCGCAAGGAGCAAAUAGGAGUGACAAAAGAAAGAAGGAAGAAGUUUGAGAAAGAAAGCGAAAAAUAUUACUCUCAGUUAGAUAAACAUCUGAAUUUGUCUGCUAAGAAGAAGGAAACUCAGCUGCAGGAGGCUGACGAGCUGCUGGACAAAGAGAGGCUGAACUUCUAUGAGUCGUCAGUGGAGUAUGUGUACCAGAUCCAGCAGGUGCAGGACCGAAAGAAGUUUGAUGUGGUGGAGCCUGUGCUGGCAUUUCUUCACAGUAUCCUAACACUCAACAACCUGACGGUGGAGAUGACUCAGGACUUUAUGCCCUAUAAGCAGGAGCUGCAGCUCAGCUUGCAGAAUACGCGGAACCACUUCGAGAGCACUCGUGAGGAGAUGGAGGAGCUGAUGAAGAGAAUGAAGCAUCCAACCCAGAUCGGCAAAAUGCACGGCCAACCAACCAUUGAGGGCUACCUGUACUCUCAGGAGAAGUGGGCCUUGGGUGUGUCAUGGGUGAAGUACUACUGCAAGUAUCACAAAGCCAGCAAGCUGUUUGUCAUGGUCCCUGCUGAACCAAAACCCGCAACCAAACAGGGCCCCACAGAGCUGAAGCUUAAAUCCUGCUUCCGCCGAAAGACAGAGUCCAUAGACAAGCGCUUCUGCUUUGAUAUCGAAACUUACGAGAGAAACAUACCUGUCACUCUCCAGGCUGUUUCGGAGGCCAACAGGAAGUUAUGGAUGGAGGCCAUGGAUGGAAAAGAGCCUAUUUAUCAUUCCCCAAUUCACAAGCAAGCUGAAAUGGAAUUGAAUGAAGUUGGAUUCAAGUUUGUAAGAAAAUGCAUUAACUUCGUUGAAACUAAAGGACUCACACAAGAAGGAGUAUACAGAACUGUUGGGAGUAACAUCCAAGUGCAGAAGCUUUUAAAUGCUUUCUUUGACCAGAAAUGCCCAGGGGAUGUGGAUUUCCACAGCAGCGACUGGGACAUUAAAACCAUCACAAGUGCCAUGAAGUUUUAUCUCCGGAGUUUAACAGAGCCUCUGAUGACCUACGGUCUCAACAGGGACCUCAUCUUAGCAGCAAAAUCAGAUAGUCUAGAUGAUCGACUGGGUGCAAUCCACUCCCUAACAUACAAACUCCCAGAGAAGAAUCGAGAAAUGUUAAGCCUACUGAUCGAACACCUGGUGAAUGUCUGCAGCAACAGUGGAGACAACCUGAUGACUCCCUCCAACAUGGGCGUGAUCUUUGGCCCCACCCUCAUGAGGGCAGAGGAAGAGACUGUGGCAGCCAUGUUGGAUAUAAAGUUCCAGAACAUUGUUGUUGAGAUUCUAAUUGAGGACUACACCAAGAUCUUCUGCACUGCGCCAGAGGAGAGUUCCACAGCCCCACCCAUGCCGCCUCCAAGGAUUACCCCAAGGAAACGGCAACCAAUCACCAUCUCCAAGCGCACGCCCCGCGUUUACCCAGCAGUUAAUUAUGGCCAGCUCCAGAACAUUGAGAAUGAUCAGAAUGGUAGCAGACCAGAGGGAGUGGAGGCUGGUGGGGACACCCCAACGAGCCCUACACCUCUCCAAAGGACCAAACCCAUAACUGCCCCUCCACGGCUCCCUCGGGAACCUCCUCAGAGGCAGGCCCUCCUGCCCAGGCCAUCCAUCCGCCAGGACAGACACUCAGACUCUAACAUCGUCAAACUGGUUGCUAAGCUACCGGAUGGAGGUCAGAGGCCAGAUGCAACAGCCAAUGGAGAGACGGGAGUCACUGUGAACCGAGCGCAGUCCUUCCAAGGCAGGAGACCACCUCGAAGUGUUGCGGUCAUUCGAGAAGCAGAAAAUGACGGUGUGAUCAAAACGAGGUCUCCAGCUGAGAAGCCUGCCAUCUGCAGACCUCCAACCAGACCCCCUGACCCCCCUAGCCGAUACCCUGCACCCCACAAGAGCCCCACUGCAACCCCCAGCGAGGACACCCCGGCGUCGUACGUUGCUUCCAAAGCCAAGUUUUUUGAGAAUGCUUCAAGGAAAUUUGGAAGCUCAUCGGUCUCACCUCCAGCAUCUACUUUGCUCAAUGUGAAAGAAGAGAGUUUAAGUUGAUUAGUCUGUUACCAUGGCCUCUACUCCUGUGGAACUGCAGUGAGUAUCUGGACACACUGUCCUGUUGUGGAAUGGAGGCGCGCUCUCGGAAUGACAGCACUUUUGUCCUGUCAGUGGACAUCCUCCUGCUUGUUGUUAUAAGGGACCAAAUUAACAUGUUGUUUAACUUGUGAUAAAGGAGCUCCGGUCUAGAUAGGAUGCCUUUAUAUGUCUCCGUCUGAUCCGUAGCUUUUAGCUUUUGGCAUCUGGAUCGAUAUUAUAUGGGAUCAACUCUAUAUAAUGUGUUAACUAAAUUAAUCCUGGUCCAAGUGGCUAGUUCCAGUAUCCAGGUAUUUGACACACAAUAUUAUGACACGUUUCACAUUAAAUUUCAAAUUGCAAAAAAAAAAAAAAAAACCUACUGUAGCUACCUGAUACCAUUUGGAAUUCACAUAUUCUAUAAUGUACCCUAUUGUACCAGGUUGAAAUUAAAGCACCCCAAGUGGCUCAGCGGUAGCACAAUAUUGUUAACUAGCAUCUUAAAUCAAAACUGAUAACAAAAGGUAUAGGUUCUAAGAAAGGUUGAGUUAUAUGCAUUACUAUCUACUCCUUCUGUUCAUGAUGCACUUUGAUGAAUGAAAACAGACCACGGAAAUUCUAAUGUGCUGAAUACCAUAAUACAUUUGGUUAAGCUUGAGGUUAGUCCUACUAUACCAACCAUGAUAACAAUGAUAAGUAACAAAUAAUUAUCCACACUGUCACACUACAGAAUGCUGUGUCUUUGUUAGAUCUAGUUAGAUGUAUUUCACCAUUCCCAUGUUCUUAAGAAUCCUUAAAGCUGGAAUACGUAGCGGUGAUACUGCCACGUCCAACGAAGAUGUUACUUCAAACAUGUUUCAUUUAUUUUCUAGGACAUCAUUGCACAUGCAAUAGAACAGCAGAGUAUGUAAUACAUUUUUUUAUGUCCUCUUCUUCAUAAACAAAACAUGUAACGAAUGCGCCUGGGGGCGACCAGUGGCGCUGUUUCACCUAAUGCGGAGCUCAGCUUUAAGGACUCUUAACUAAAUUAUUUUAGAUUGUGGAAUCCAAAUAACCACUGGUUUAUUUUGAAUGAUCAGCAGUUCAAAUGUUUGCAAUAGUUUUUUUUUGUUUUGUUUUUUGAAACCGUUUGUUGGCAUCUCUCUAUUUCCAUGUGGGUACUGUCAUUCAUACAACACUCCAACAUGAAUGUUUCUUUUGGUCCUACUUCGUAUGUAGUGUCACUAAGGCCAUCAUUUACGUGGUAAUUACAUUGGCAGCUACUGUACAUUGUACGGAGUGUGGGUACACAUUGCUACAUAGUACUAGCAACUGUUAUACCUGUUUGUGGCUUGCACCAUAGCAGAUGACCUCACAAUGGAGAAUACUGUGUCAUUUUAAGAAAGCAUUAUAUUGUGAAGGGAGGUUUAUGAAAAGCUAAUAUGUAUAGCAUUAAAAAAAAUUGUCUUCAAUGAUUUCUGUCUCAGAAUAUUUUGUGAAUGAUUGACAGCGCAGGUAAGAGCUCGUCAUUAGAAUUCCCAGAGGUUUUUGGCUCAUCUUAACAUUUUGUCUUCACUCCCAUUUGAUUUCUGUGAAAAUUUGGACAAAGAAACAUUCCUUGUCUUGUGUGUCUCUUACCUGCUUGAUCCUGUCUGUCAACAAAAAAUUUAACAGCAACAGCUGUAUUGAUGUUUUUAUGUUAAUUGUCUUAUUGUAUAAAACAAAUAUGCUCUUCAAUGUCCUGUCUUAAACUAAUUGUCAGCUUUUCUUUUUCCCUUGUAUGCAUUCUGUGUUGUACAGAUUUAUCAAGAAACAUGCCCAGAUGUAUCAGCAUGAAAAGUAAAAUAAAUCAACUUUCCACCUUUUCUCAAAAAC